AUGUCACGAACAGGCGUAUUAGUAAUGGGUCCAGCAGGAGCUGGAAAAUCUACUUUUUGUAAUUCAAUAAUAUCACAUAUGCAAUCAAUUGGAAGAAGAGCUCAUAUAAUAAAUCUUGAUCCAGCAGCAGAACCAACAGAAUUUGAAUUUACAAUAGAUAUAAGAGAUUUAAUAUCAUUACAAGAUGUAAUGGAAGAAAUGGAUUUUGGUCCCAAUGGAGGAUUAAUAUAUUGUUUUGAAUAUUUAUUACAAAAUUUAGAUUGGUUAGAUGAAGAAAUUGGAGAUUAUAAUGAUGAAUAUUUAAUAUUUGAUAUGCCUGGACAAAUUGAAUUAUAUACUCAUAUCCCCAUUAUGCCAAUAAUAAUAAAUCAUUUAAAACAAGCAUUAAAUUUUAAUUUAUGUGCUUGUUAUUUAUUAGAAAGUUCAUUUAUAAUAGAUCCAUCAAAAUUUUUUAGUGGUACAUUAUCAGCAAUGAGUUCAAUGAUUUUAUUGGAAUUACCUCAUAUAAAUAUAUUAUCCAAGAUAGAUCUUGUUAAAAAUGAAACAAGUGUUAAAAAAUUAAAACAAUUUUUAAAUCCUGAUCCUUAUUUAUUAGCAAAAGAAGAAGAUGAAAUAAAUCCAAAAUUUAAAAAAUUAACAAAUUCUAUAGCAAAUUUAAUUGAUGAUUUUGGUAUGGUUCAAUAUUUACCAUUAGAUUGUUCUUCAAAAAAUGAAAAUAAUAAAAGUAUUGAAAAUAUUUUAAGUUAUAUUGAUGAUGUUACUCAAUGGAGUGAAGCUCAAGAACCAAAAGAACCAAAUGAUCAAUUAGAAAUACCUGAUGAAGCUUUUUAG